AUCCAUAGUGUCUCAGUGUAGCUAGCAUACCGCAGUCAGCCUGUGUGUACAGCAGCGCAGGAAGACCACUUUAUCAUACGGAGGACUUCAGAAAGGCUCCCGGUAAUAACGUUGUUACAGCGGUGACUUUUCCUUGUGGCCGUGAAGAACGUGUAAAAAGGCAGCCGGUUUUCACAAUGGCGACAGCUGCGGUUUCUGCCAGUGGCCCCAACCCCGGAACCGGAGCUGAGUUGGUCCGAGGACAGGCCUUCGAUGUCGGGCCCCGGUACCACAAUCUGUCGUAUAUCGGUGAGGGCGCCUACGGAACGGUGUGCUCUGCGUAUUGCCGUGACAACAAGGUCCGCGUGGCGAUAAAGAAGAUCAGUCCGUUUGAGCACCAGACAUACUGCCAGAGGACUCUGAGAGAGAUUAAGAUCCUGCUGCGCUUCAAACAUGAGAACAUCAUCAGCAUCAACGACAUCAUCCUCACGCCCUCCAUCGAUCAGAUGAAGGACGUCUACAUAGUGCAGGACCUGAUGGAGACAGACCUGUAUAAGCUGCUGAAGACCCAGCGCCUGAGCAACGAUCACAUCUGUUACUUCCUGUACCAGAUCCUGAGAGGCCUGAAGUACAUCCAUUCUGCCAACGUCCUGCACCGCGACCUCAAACCCUCCAACCUGCUGCUCAAUACCACCUGUGAUCUAAAGAUCUGUGACUUCGGUCUGGCGCGUGUGGCUGACCCAGACCACGACCACACAGGCUUCCUGACAGAGUAUGUAGCUACUCGCUGGUACCGGGCGCCUGAGAUCAUGCUCAACUCCAAGGGUUACACCAAGUCUAUUGAUAUCUGGUCUGUGGGCUGCAUCCUGGCUGAAAUGCUCUCCAAUAGACCCAUCUUCCCCGGGAAGCACUACCUGGACCAGCUCAACCACAUACUGGGUAUCCUAGGGUCUCCUUCCCAGGAGGAUCUGAACUGCAUCAUUAACAUCAAGGCCAGGAACUACCUGCUGUCUCUCCCGCUGCGCUGCAAGGUCCCCUGGAACAGCCUCUUCCCCAAAGCCGACUCCAAAGCUCUGGACCUGCUGGAUAAGAUGUUGACCUUUAACCCCCACAAGAGGAUCGAGGUGGAGGCGGCUCUGGCUCACCCUUACCUGGAGCAGUACUACGACCCUACAGAUGAGCCUGUAACAGAGACUCCCUUCAAGUUUGCGAUGGAGCUUGAUGAUCUCCCCAAAGAGACCCUGAAGGAGCUGAUCUUUGAAGAGACGGCUCGCUUCAACACAGUCUGCAGGCCCUAACCCGUACACACAGGUACAGUCUGCAGGCCCUAACCCGUACACACAGAUCAGACUCUGGACUCCUUUCCUCCACCUCUUCUCUCCACCUUUCCGACAUGUGCUGUGGUUCCUCCUGUCUUCAGCAUUUCCUGUAUACUUCCUACCUCCCCUAGUCAGUCAAACCACCAUGCUCAGGAACAGUGUCAGGAAUCAACCUCUCUCUCUCUGCUCUCUCUGUCUCUCCCUCUGCCUAUGGGGUAAGGGGGCGUCACUUGUUGGCUUAUCGUUGAGGAGAUGCUUGUCUUGUGUGUUUUAAGCUAAGAUCAACAGAAGUCUGUGUCCCAAAUGGUGCCCUAUUCCCUAAUAUAGUGUUCUACUUUUAGAAAGUAGUGCACUAUAUAGGGAAUAGGGGGCCAUAGGGCUCUGGUCUAAAGUAGUGCACUAUAUAUGGAAUAGGGUGCCAUUUGGGACACAGGUCUGGCUCGGGAGACACCUGUUCAACCAGCUUUGGUUUAUGGUUAAGUCCUCAUUGUUACUCCUGGCCCGCGCAGCUGAAGCGGUGGUACACAGUUGUGGGGUUUGUUUUCAAAAGCAGAUUUUUUUUCACCUCGCCGGCUCUGGGAUUCAUACAGCGACCUUUCAAUUACUGGCCCAACUCUCUUAACCACUAGGCUACCUAACGCUCUCUCCUCCUCCCAACGGCCCGGUCUCCCUCUCUCUCUCUCCUCCCAACGGCCCGGUCUCUCUCUCUCUCCUCCCAA